AUGGCGGCGAGCGCGUUUGACACGAACGUUGACACUGCAUCAGAUGAUGAAGGAGGCGCUGGAAUCCAAGAUGACGAUAACAAUUUCGGUGGAUCCGACCUUGAAUUGUCUGAGCUGGACUCAGAUAGUGAAGAUGACAUCCUACUUGCCGACAUCAUCCCGCUGGCAGACCUCGUAGACCGAGGUGGUGGAGAUGCUGGACACGCCCCCACCGAUCGCCGCUGGACAGCUGAUCUAAAUCAUAUACGUGUUAGAGAUUUUACGGGAGUGGCAGGGCCUACUACAGCACUGGAUGCAGAGAAGACAGAGAAAGAUUUUUUCCAUCUAAUCUUCCCGGAGUCCGUGUACGACAGGAUGGCUGAGCAGACCAACAUAUAUGCUACUCAGCAGAUCCGUGUCAAGGCAGACAACUCUUGGCUUGCCACUACGGCCAGAGAGAUGAAGACUUUUUUGGGCAUCAUCGUCUUCAUGUCUUUGCUGGACCUACCGAAUGCUAAGGUGUACUGGUCAUCUGAUUGGAUGUUCCAGACAUCUCUGCCCCCAAUUAUGACCAGACUAAGAUUCGAAAAGCUUGCCCAAUACUUUCAUUUGAAUGACUCGUCGAUAAAUCCCCCCAAAGGCCAAGCUGGUCAUGACAAGCUCCACCAUGUCCGACCAGUGCUCAAUACCAUCCAAGACACCAUUGCAGCUCAGUACACCGUACACCAGAAUUGUGCUAUUGAUGAGGCUAUGAUUGCAUACAAGGGGAGGCUUAGCUUCAAACAAUAUAUGCCAGCCAAACCUGUUAAAUUUGGAAUCAAGGUGUGGGAACGGGCGGAUUCAACAAAUGGAUAUGUUGACCAACUCCAGAUUUAUUCUGGAAGAGCAGGAAAUGAAAAUGGCCAGAGGGAAGUGGGACUUGCUGCUCGUGUGGUUACAGACCUGACACGAGACAUUGUUGGAAGCAGGCGCCAUGUGUAUGUCGACAACUUUUUCUCGAGCCCUCAACUAUUCGCCAACUUGCUGCAGGAUGGAAUCUAUGCUUGCGGUACUCCUUCUGGCAUCAGUAAAUACAGCGUGAAGAAAAAGGGUGACUUCGCAAUGUUGCAGUCAGGAAAUCUUGUAGCUAGUGUCUGGUUUGACAACAAGCCUGUGACCUUUUUGUCAACAAAUGCUGACCCCACUACACUGGAGGAAGUACGACGAAAGAACAAGGAUGGUACUGACAGAGUACACCUGGCCCCUUCUGUUGUGAAAAAAUAUGGGGAAAAUAUGAAUGCUGUGGAUCGAGCUGACCAAUUACGGAUGCAGUACACAUGCGCAAGGAAGAGUUACAAGUGGUGGAAAUAUGUGUUCUUCUUCUUAGUUGAUACUGCACUUGUCAAUUCCUUCAUCCUUAUGAAGGAGUCUCCAAAUCACCAGAGGAAAACCAGGACAGGCAGAGUAAAACACCUUUCCCAGCUGGAAUUCCGUGAAAUCCUGUGUAAGCAGUUGAUUGGUGAGACCCGUGCAGUCAGGAAGCGACGUCGUGUGGUACAGCAUGAUGUGUCGGGGCUUACAUAUUCACACAUGCCAUGUAAAGUUAAAAUUAACAGGUGUCGCCAAUGUGCUAAGUCAAAAAUCAGAAAAGAGUCAAGUUUCGGCUGUCGACAGUGUGGUGUAAAUUUAUGUGUACUUUGCUUUGAACCGUACCAUAAGGACUUAGUCUCUGUAGUACAGGAAGAGUAA